GGUAGUGUGGUGGUGCUAGCGGAUGCGAAACUUGACAUCGUGGGGACUAGACGACGCGGAUGGCACCCCCGCGGCGGCCGCGUCGCAUGGCGCAUGAAAAGAAAUCACCACCGUCUGCGCCGUCGAACGACGCCAUGGAUUGCCUGGAAUGCGAAGUCCGAGCGUUGACGCGGACCACGGCCCAGCUGGAAGGCCAAGUCGAGACGCUUCGCGCGACGCUGCUUCGGUUUCCCCAGUGGCGGUCCGACACCGCGACCCGACUGUGCAAAGAGUACUGGUUGAUGUUUCGCCAAGGCUACGCGAUCCACGACCCACUCCUUGCCGCCAAGCAAACCGCCAUGUGCCACGCCGUCAUGUGCCAGGAUGUGGCGGUUUGGAACCACGGCGUCGGUCCCACUGGCAUCCUCACGCAGUGGAAGCGAUGGGUGUCGUUGUUCCAUAACAUCCACCGCGAUUUACACUCGAUCGACGUUGUGCACUGCGAACCGACAUGCAUCGUUCGCACACACGGCACGAUCCACCUCCACGUGUCGCGGAGCACGAUCGAGCAACUCUUCCCUCACAUCCUCGCCAACGAAGCCCUCGUCCAGCAAGUCAUCGGGAUCGUGCUAGCCGCGCCGUUGCAAGUCGACUACAUCAUGGACACGUCAUGCCAUCGGAUACAGGUCGUCACGGGCCACAUCGACCUGACCCAAGCGUUCCAUGCUGUACUGGGCAGUCUCACGGUCACAAACACGAUCCUCGCCCAUAGCCGCGUCCAGUCCUCUGGAGAGAUUCCUGCCAUGGCCCGAUUAGAGACCAGCCGUCCCGCUACUGAAUAAAACGAUUUAUCACAAUGGAGCAUGUGUUCCCCAA